AUGGUUUUUCGUUUCGUUGCGAUUUCAAAAAUGGUGAAAGGAGGUACGAAGAGGAAGCCUGAGAUGAAGAAGAUCACUAACAAAGCUUCGCGUGCCACAACUUUCUCGAAACGUAGAGACGGUCUCUACAGCAAAGCGGCUCAGCUUUGCGUUCUCUCCGACGCUCGAAUCGCUAUCUUAGCGACUCCUUCUUCUUCUUCGAACUCCAACGCUUCUUUCUUCUCGUUUGGUCACUCCUCCGUUGAGUCCGUCGUCUCCGCUUAUCUCGCCGGACAGAGACUCCCUCCCGUUUCGUCGCGUGACACCAAAGCGACGAGAGAAGACCUAGGUAUUUGCGUGGCUCGCAAGGAUCUAGGGUUAGGGUUUUGGUGGGACGACGACAAGCUUGUCAACUCGAAGAAUCCGGAGGAACUUAUGGAAGCGGUGGAGUCCAUGGAAGUACUCAUCAAGCUUGUGAAGGGGUUGGAGGAUCAAACCCUGACAACGCUCGAUCAAUCACCUGACUUGGAUGAAUGGAGCGAGAUGGAACUUACUCAACUCCUCCAAGAUUGUGAUGAUGUCAGCGAGAAUGACAAAGUAGAAGAGGAUCAUCAAACUGUAUCUGACAAAACCUGCAACAACAACAACAACAACUUUGUAUCAGUACCUGAAGUAGAAGCAGGAAGCUUGGGAGAAGAGAAGAUGGAUAUUGAUUGGGAUACUUUUUUCGAAGGCUUGAUAUCCUAUGAUGAUGAGCUUAAUGAUGAGGAGCUCGAUCAGUUGUUUAACAACUAA